AUGGCACCAUCAACCUCAGUCAGCCAGAUCCCCCACGCAGACGUCUCCGCCGUCAAACACACAAACGGCAACGGCAUCCUGCCCAGCUCUACCAUUGCGCCGGAGAAGAAGCCCGGGCAAGACAAGUCCAAGACUCUGGAGACCAAGGGCUUCCCUCGUCCUCAAAAGUUUGACGAUCCGUACCAGCAGCGUCAGCACCUCAAGGAGCGUUUGGCCCUAGGUUUCCGCAUUUUCGCAAAGAACGGCUUCGACGCUGGCGUCGCUGGCCACAUCACAGUCAGGGACCCCGUUGAGCCGCAAACGUUCUGGCUGAAUCCCUUUGGUGUCCCCUGGCCACUGCUCAAGGCGUCGGAUCUCAUCCGCGUAGAUGAGAACGGUGAAGUAGUCGAGGGUGGCCCCGUUAGGCUCUUGAACACUGCCGCAUACAUGAUCCACCACGCAGUCCACGAAGCCCGCCCAGAAAUCAACUGUGUAGCCCACUCCCAUUCCCUCUACGGCCAAGCCUUCUCCGCCCUCGGCCGCAACCUCGACAUCACCACCCAGGACACCUGCGCCUUCUAUAACGACGUCGUCCUCUACAACUCUUUUGGCGGCAUCGUCCUCGGCAAAGAGGAAGGUCUGCGCAUCGCCGCCGCCCUCGGCGACAAGAAGGCCGCCAUCCUGCAGAACCACGGCCUCAUCACCUGCGGCAAGAGCGUCGAGAGCUGCGUCUACUGGUUCCUCAGCCUCGAGCGGUGCUGUCACCAGCAGUUACUCGCCGACGCCGCUGCCGGGGGUAGGGGCCACGAGACGGUCAAGAUUGACGAGGAGGAUGCCGAGUUUACGUACAAGUCUAUCGGGUCCGACGUGGCGGGAUGGUUCUCUGGGAAGCCUACUUUUGAUAUGAUGGAGCACGAGUCGGGUGUGGCGUAUAAGAUGUGA